AUGGCGAUCAUGGACGAGGACGGGUGCACCAACCAUGACCCGCCAUCACCAAUUUCAGGGGAACUUGUCAGCUUCGACCCAAAUGGCGACCUUUAUUUGCACGUUGGCGCGGGUGUCGAAGAAAAGACAAAGACUUACUUUGUGUGCUCGAAAGCGCUCGCCCGCGCGUCAACAGUGUUCAGAAAGAUGCUCUAUGGGGGCUUCGCUGAAUCAGGGCACUCGGAUGUCGACCACGGAUGGACGGUGGACUUACCUGAGGACCGGCAGCAGCCCAUGGAGAUGAUGCUGAAUAUCGUUCACGGCGCUUUUGACAAAGUGCCUGAGAAGAUCGAGCUCACAGAGUUGUACACAUUUCUUGUUGUCACGGAGAAAUACGACGCGACUAAUAUCACGCGACCUUGGGCGAAGGGCUGGAUGGAGGGCGUAAAGACGAGCAUGCAAAACCCAUUAUUGCUUGGGGUGGCGUAUGAGUUGGGAGAUUACCAAACAUUCAACGCCAUGGCUAUGAAGAUUGCGACUGAAUGCCAUUUGGAUCAUGAGGAGGACUUGGUGUUUGGGUUUGCGGGGGAGAACAGGGAGAGUUACACAUACAAACUCAAGAAUUUGGACUGCUUAAUACCGGACGGGUUGCUUGACGACGCCGCAUCAAUACGAAAGACUCUGCUCAUCGCCAUGCUGGAUCCGUAUCUCAACCUCUACGCCGCUCUGAAGGGUGGCGACCGAUGCAUGUCCUCGCCAGGAGAUCCAUCCGGCGGAAAGAGAUGCGACAGCUUACUCUUGGGGUCUCUCAUCAGAUCCUUCGCCACGCAGAAUCUGGACCUCACGGCGAAUGAUCCCGUCAAGGCAUACCGCGGGAGUGCGUCCCACCUUCAGUCGGUGAUGCUGAAGCUGGAGCUGUACACAAUCCACUCAGGCUACGCUCACCCGACCACUUCCUCAUUCAGCUUUGGUCAGACGGCGCCUUCCCGAUUCGGAUUCAGCAUGAGCGCAUGCGAGCACGUCCUGCAGUCUGGGCUGCGGGAAGGAGUUGAGAGGUCGUUGAUGCUGAGGGGGAACAUGUCAUUUGCGCAGCCUAAGCAUAAGGAGUAUUUGACGAAACAGGCAAGUAAGACGGGCCUGCCAAAGUCAUGA